AUGCACAGGAAAGAAAAGACACACUACACUAGAUGCCCUCCUUCUAUACUGAGAAAAAGAUCAUCCCUGAACAAAACUCUCAGCGAAAAGCAAAAGGUCGAGAGAAGAGUUCGAUUCCAGGAACCAGAUGAAAUUAUUGGACGUGCCAGACAGAGGCCUGUGAGCAUCCUGCCUUUGUUCCUUGGGAUUUUCCUUUGUGUGGUUCUGCUUUUGGCUUUAAGUCUAUACUACAGCGGCACGAGGCAAGAUUUCAAAGUCUUGGAAGAGUUUCACUCCCAGCUUGUUAUCAUCCUCCUUCAGAUCAGACACGUUGCUUUGAAAUGUUGGACUUGGCUGACGAGGCUGUAG